AUGCAGAUUGUCGAGCAGCUAGGACGCGGUAUCACUCAGUACAUGGGUGUAGCACGAAUAGAUCUGAGGCUUGUACGUAAGCCAGUAACGUACGGAAAAUUGUGCAUCUACCGCGAUCUUACACGGCAGAUCAAAAAUUUUGGCAUACCCAUUGUAGGGGAAUAUAAAGGUCAGAUCAGCCGAGACAGGUAUGUGACUCGUGCCGAAAUGAACGUGGAGAUCCAAGGAUUGGAAGAACGCUUCAGAGCUCCUACAGAAGAAGAACGUGAGCUAGAAGAAGAGAGUAGUCCGGCGUUUACACCUACACCACAAAGGCACCGACUAUACGGUGGAUCUCAAGUGGCAGAAGUGUUCGAGGCUCCGCCUAAUCUCGAUCUUAUGUUUUCUUAUGAGUUGGAUGAACAAGCAGUACCAGAUUAUUACGUAGAAGAAUAUACUGUUCCAGUAAAGCGCAAGCACAAAUGGCAAGGGAAUGUGGAUGCUGGAAUAAAUUACUAUCGUAAACUGAAUGGAAGAGCGCAUCCACUGCUGAAAGAGUUUGAAGAGUACAUUUCUGAAGAGUUGAAAGGUGAGCUCUAUUGUGUUGCAAGAGCUGUUGUUGAACAUAAAGGAGUGGAAGAAAGCAUCGAAAAGGAUGAAGAUUUUUAG